AUGGAUAAGGCGUCUGACUUCGGAUCAGAAGAUUGCAGGUUCGAGUCCUGCCGCGGUCGUGGUGCAGAGCCCUGUUGGCGUGGGGUGUUUUUUGCUCCGCCAGCCCGUGUCGUGGCCCCGCGGCUGCCGCGCCGCCGGUACCGGGAUCACCGCACCCAGCGGUCGCGUUUUGCUCCUGUCUCCAACCGGAGCUCGGAAGAAGGCGGGGGUCGGCUGCCGGCACCACGAGCCGGGCAUGGCGGCCACGGGAUCAGCCCUCGGCAGGGAUGGGAGUGGAGCACUCUGUCAUCUGCGUCCCGCAGCCACACGAGCUCCAUCCACCUCCUCGGCCCCGCGCCCGGCGUGACGAGAUCAGCACCCACCGCCCUGGUCUCUGUCGUCCUGAAAGCCCCGAGCCUCACGGGCUUUUUGUUUUUCUGUCUGUCUGUCGGGGAAGCAUCCCCGUUUUGGUGCGCCCCGUCGGGGUCUGGACGGGAGGUGGGACAUGAGACUUCACCCCCACUUCUUGGAGACCCCAUUCCCCGCCGGAGAACUCGAUGCUGUCGGUCGGCUAAUGGGGCGGUGGGACUUUGUUUAACCCCGUUGCCCCCGGGGCCAGGGGUCAAGGGCUUCCUCUUCCCCCGGGACAUGGCAGAGAGGCCGUCGGUCACAACACGAGGACCGCGGCGGGGAGGGGGAUGUGACGGCCGCAAUGUUCCCCCCGCCCCGCCGCGGCCCUCACGUGCGAUCGGCGUGGGACCCCGCAAACCUUCAUGUCUCCCCGGCAUCGAGAGGCUGAGGAAGGCUCCAGGUGGGUGUUUUGGGGGAGCAAGGGGCGGUCAAACAUCACCACGGGGCAGAGGGGAAUGCGAAGAAGCGGCCCCUGCCCUCCAGCAACCCGGGCUCUGCCUUCCCCUCCCAGCUGGAGCAGGAUGUUUUUGUCGGAGUACCGAUUUUAUCGGGGUUUCACCCCCUCCGUCCACAGGCAGAGAUAUCUUAGCUGCCCCCCGGAGCCAAGAAACGGGAGAGAAACGGGCAAUUUUUAUAGGUGACGUACGGGCUUACGUGAGAAUCCGUGCCCAGCACUGCUCUUUUUUCUCCUGAAAUAACCCUUCCGUGCAGCUCACACCCCCCUAUUCCAGCUGGCACCCCCCUUUCAAGGCUGGGGGGGUAAGUCGGGAGAGGGGGAAGCGAAAGAGAAGAGAAAAGAAAAGCACUCCCCAACAUCCCGCUCUUUUCCUGCUCGGGCAGCGAGCACCGGAGCUCCCAAAGUGAGCGGAGAAGAGGGCGACGGGAGACGGGCGGGAGCCGUCUCCGAGGUGGAGGGGUCUGGGGUGGGAUGAGAAUAGGGGAGGACCGUCCUUUUCGGGAUCAAGGGAGAACCAGCGAAGGAAGGAGGCUGGCGGCACCGCGGGCAUCCGAGAAAACCUGUCUGGGGAUCCCUGUGUAUUCAUCGGGGCGGCGAGAGACUCCCCAGAGCCGCUCCGGGGCAUCGGUGGAGUGAAUCGGAGAUAAAAAAUAGGAGCCAGGUUAAACGCAGGAAGGAAGAGGAGGAGAGGUCGGAAGCGAAGUAAAGCUCCCGGCCGCCCUGCCCCGGCCGUGCCCGCACCCUGGAGCGGACGGACGGACGGACGGACAGACAGAUGGCCGGCAUCCCCGACGGAGGGAUGUUUCUGUCUUUGGUUAUCUAGCUGUAUGAGUGUUGUGGAGCCAUCAUAAAGCUAGAUAACCGAAAGUAGAAAUGACUUCCAGACCUGCUCGCCCGGGGGAAGCGGCCGCACCAGGACCGGCGGUGCAGAGACGGCCCGACUCGCCGCCCUGGCGCUCCAGACAUGACUGAGAGUUCCUGGAGUGGGAUGCCUUGGGAAGGGACGUCUCCACCUGAGCAAGGAGAGAUCCCAGUGAGUGGAGAAGGGAUUUUUCAAGCCUGUGGGUUCCUUUUCGCUGUUGGCUACUACCUGCCCGGACUUGCCACCUGACUUCUUCAAGUUUCUCCAAGAGGGUCUCAACUGCUUCUCCAUUGACCCCAGAGAGGAGGCAGCUUUGACUCAUGAGCACAGCGGGUUUCUGCAUCACUUCGAAUCACGCCAGUCCACCCAUGGGGAGGGAGCCAGGGAAACACAAGGGAUCAUCCCACAUCACUCCUGUACGUUGCCUUCAGUGCCCUCAAUACCCCUGAGCAGGACCAAAGCGCUUAGACAGAGAGACCCAAGCCAGUCACUGUGACACCUGGUGAAAUACCAGGUGUGUGUGAAGAUUGGAGGGAGCUUUUAGCCCCCAGCUUUGCUCAUGGAGCAGAGCUUGGCCCUUGCUGCUCUUAAUCCCUGGGUCUGUGGAGCUGUGGGAGCGCAGCCUUCCCGAAGGCGCUGUGCUUGUGGCUCGGAGGACCAUGAGCCUCUCCAGGCCAGACAGCCCUGCUGCUGUUGUACUGCACCCUCUCUGUUCCUGUAAGAGAAACGAACUGCCUGUACUUAUCUCCCAUUCAAAUCCCGCCCCCCCAUGCACUGUUGAAAAUAAACUCUCCCUUUUGCAAAAA